AUGAGGGGAGCUAUCCUGGCCACCGCGGCCGCCUUUGCCGGCCAGGCCGUUGCUGAUGUCCACAUGCGCCGUCACGCUCACGAGGGUCUGCACCACCGCGCCCUCCACGGGUCUGCUCCUGCCGUCCCAUCUUCCUCUGCUGUCGCUGAGGAGGAGUGCGGCUGCACCACCGAGGUCAUCUCGUACUAUGGCGAACCGACCACCAUCCCUCUCUCCGUUCCCACCAGCACCGUGACCUCGGAGACCACUGCCACCGUCGAGUCCACCAGCUACAGCACUGUCACGGUCACUGCCACUUCCUCUGCUCCCCCAGCUGAGAGCCCCGUCGAGACCCCCUCCGAGACUCCCGCUCCCACCCCCGAGGUCACCCUUCCCACCCCCGGCCUGAGCACCUACACCGCGCCUGGCACCUACACUGUGCCCGCCACCACCCUGACCGUCACAGACACAACCACUGUCUGCGGUGCCACCAGCACCGACCUCCCCAGCGGUACCCACACCUUCGGUGGUGUCACCACCGUCGUCGAGACUGCCACGACCGUCACUUGCCCCUACGCCACCGUUAAGCCUAGCGGCAGCACCGUGACCAGCGUCAUCGAGACCACCACCUAUGUCUGCCCCAGCGCCGGUACCUACACCAUUGCUCCUACCACCACCAGCGUGCCCGCCGACACCGUUAUUGUGUACCCCACCCCGGCCACCUACACCCCUGGUACCUACACCAACCCUGGCACCACUGUCACUGUGACCAACACUGACUACACCUACGUCUGCCCCUUCACCAACGGCAAUGAGCCCACCAGCACUCCUGCCACCAACACUGCUGUCCCCACCACCACUGCUCCGGCUUCGACCACCACUGCUGCCGCCAGCACCACCUCUUCUACUGCCACCAGUGUCCCCACCGGCACCAGUGGUGACCACAUGGGAAUGACCUUCACUCUAUUCAAGGGUCACAACGACUGCUACUCCAAGUCUGAAGUCUUGGAGAAGAUCGGUAACCUCAAGCAGAAGGGUUUCUCCCACGUUCGUGUCUACGACACCCAGUGCGGCACUCUCGAGAAAGUCGGUGAGGCUUGCAAGACCCAUGGUAUGAAAAUGAUCCUCGGUGUCUUCACCGACGGCACCGAGAAGCAACAGGUUGAUGAUAUUGCCAAGUGGGCUCAGUGGGACCUUGUCUCUCUCAUUGUCGCUGAAAACGAGGCUAUUACCGGCGGCAGCUUGCAGCCCGCUGAGGUUGUCCAGAUGAUUAGCGAGUGGAGAUCGACCUGGAAGGCUGCCGGAUACACUGGCAAGAUCACCAUCGCGGAGCCCAUCGAUGUGUGGCUCAAGGACGGCAGCACCCUCUGCCCUGCCGUGGACGAACUCGGUGCCAACCUUCACCCCUUCUUCAACGCAGCGUUCAGUGCUUCCCAGGCCGGUGAACUUGUCGGCAACCAGAUCCGUGACUUGAAGCAGGUUUGCUCUGGCAAGGAUGUUAUCAACCUUGAGACUGGUUGGCCCAACGCCGGUAACGCCAACGGUUUGGCUGUCCCUGGAGUCUCCCAGCAGGCCAUUGCCCUCAAGUCCCUCAGGGAGGCAGUUGGUGAUGUCUCUGUCUUCUUUUCGUACGAGGAUGACUCGUGGAAGGCCGACCAGAAGGGCUCGAGUUCGGGCAACGAGUUCGGCGUUGAGGCCCACUGGGGCUGCUUUGACCAGUUCUAA